GGUUCUAGGAGCCUGCCUCUGGUGCCUUUUCGGACUUGCACUUCGACCACGCCCGACCGACGGUGACCUCUACCGAAUCUGAUACGCUUAGGUCGAUAAACAUCAAACACAGAGUCCAGAUUUGCAUCCACCCCGAAUGAACCGUCCCCAUAUUAUUCUGCACAGUACAUAAUGAACGAGGAUCAGAUCAAGACGCUGCAAGCAUGGAGGGAUCGCUUGGCUCAGAUGCCCAAGGGAAAGCUGGAGGUGCGGACCAUGACGGGCAAAACCCCCGCCCUGGCGUGCGCGAUAGAUCAGAGAUUCUCGUUCACAGCCUACAUACCGAAAUGUCACAAGUUUGACGGGCCCGAGCUUCCGCUCCUCGUCUGCGCACACGGUAUCGCACGCCAGACGCACCUGAACACCAUGAUCGAUUUUGCCGAAGAGCAGGGCUGCGUGGUACUCGCACCGCUCUUUCCGUGUGGGAUCGAGGACCUCACCGAUAUUCACAACUACAAGACCUUGGUCUUCCAUGAUAUCCGUUUCGAUUUGAUCCUGCUAUCCAUGAUCCAACAAGCGUCGUGCAUCUGGAGGAUCCGGGCGGAUAAAUUCUUCCUGCACGGCUUCAGCGCGGGGGGUCAGUUCUGUCACCGAUUCUUUUACCUUCAUCCCCACCUUCUCUUGGGUAUCUCAAUCGGAGCUCCUGGGGGAAUCACACUUCCACGCAAAGAUCGACCCUGGCCUGGCGGGAUUUCGGAUAUCCACGAAGUGUUCAAGAUUAAGGGCGACUCCGAGGGACAGGCCGUCCCAAACUUCGGGGAGAUGGCGAAAGUGCCGGUGCACUUUGUUGUCGGUGAGAAAGACGUCGAUACGUCGGGAAUAGGGGACAGCUUGGGCCCCGACGUCCCGGGAGGAGGGACCCGGAUCAAUAGGAUCACGGCCCUGCGAGACGCCUGGAAAGAGAUGGGCAUCGAAGGGGUUCUCGACAUAGUCCCCGGAGUCGGGCAUGAGGGAGGGAAAAUUGCGCCCCAAGUGCAGCAGUUCCUGAGGCCCUUGUUCCGAAACCUACACAGCUAGUAUACUCGCGGUUCUGAUAGCGCCUUCCAGUCAUCUGGAGAAAUUAAGAUAUCGUCU